UGCUUUACUUUGGUAAGAAGGAACCACUACAGAUAUUCAUAUGUGUUUAUGUGCUGAUCCUUUGUAUUGACAAAGGACACGCUGUUUAUGUAUUCUGCAUUAAAAUGUGUUUGUGUGUUGCUUGCAGGCCAGUGUGUAAAGUGCAAUAAAGAGGUGCAUGGGGCAGGGAAAGCCUGCCAGGCCAUGGGACAACUAUUCCAUGACUCUUGUUUCACCUGCAGUUUGUGUAGUAAAAGGCUUCAGGGAAAGCCAUUUUAUACGAUGGCUGGAAGUAUCUAUUGUGAGGAGGAUUUUUUGCACUCAGGAGUUCAUCCGCCCCCUGAAGUGUGCAACAGCUGUGGUCACUUAAUCAUGGAUAUGGUCCUGCAGGCUCACGGGAAAUCGUACCACUCGGCCUGCUUCCGCUGCGUUGUCUGCAGACAGAACCUAGAGGAUCAGCCCUUCACUGUGAGUGCUGACGACAAGGUUUACUGUGUCAUGGACUACCACAAGGCGCAGGCUCCUUGCUGUGCAUCUUGCAAUAAGCCCAUACUGCCAACUGAGGGUUGCACAGAGUCUAUUCGAGUGGUUUCAUUCAACAACUACUACCAUGUGGACUGCUAUGGAUGUGAUGUUGACUUUGUUUGAAGGUUGAGUCAUCACUGAUGUGCUGACAAAGUAGAUAAUAU